AUGUUUUCCCUUAGACAGAUCAUUACUACUUCGGCCAUUCUGGCAGUGGCUCACAGCCAAGGUGUUAUCAUCAAAGCGCAAGGAGCAAAAGGAUCGCCGGCGAGUUUCGGCCUACAAGUUAAUCCCGAUGACAACAGCGACGCCAACUUCAUAUCGCAAACCGAGAUCGUGACAAAUGUCGUGAACCAGUGCGGGAGAACUUUACAAGCCGGCAAUAUCGAUGUGGGCGCUACUACCGAGGAUGCUCUGGCAGCAAACCAAGUCACCAAGGUGACCAAGGGCAGCAAGGUGAAUAUCACAGUUCGCGAAGUUAACGAGACCGGUGCUGGUCCGUAUACUUGCGAUAUGGACCUGACGGGCAACACGGCUGGAGCCACGGGCCAAAUCAAUGUUACCACAACCGAAAGCAAGGCCAACAAAAAUGGAGAAAUUACUCUCCAAGUGACGAUGCCCGACGACUUGGCAUGCAUCGGAUCAUCAACUGGUGACGUUUGCACUAUACGAUGCCGUAAUGCGAACGAAUUCGGCGGAUGUGUCGCAGUACAGCAAACCGACACUACUCCCGCUGAAAACACGCCGCAGAACAUUGAAGCAUUCCAAUCGUUGGAGGGUAUCACCACUCAGAUCCAGCAGAACAUCGCCGAUCUUCCAGCGGCUGUGAAGGCGCUCGCGGAAUCUGGAAAGUCUGAUGCAGAGAUCGGCACAGCUAUUGUAGACGGGAUCCAAGCAGCGGACCCGGCGACCGACGGACUUGCACAGGACCAAGCUAAUAACGGCAACGCUGGUAACACUGGUAACAACAAUAACAACGGCAAUGCCAAUGGUAAUGGUAACAACCGGAAUGGUAACGGUAACAACCAGAACGGCAACGCCAAUGGCAACACCAACGGUAACGCCAACGGUAAUGCUAAUGGCAAUGCCAAUGGAAACGCCAAUGGCAAUGCUAACGGUAAUGCCAACAACCGCGGAGGAAGAGGUGGUCGCAACAGGGCCAACAACAACCAGCGACGCUCAAUGAUGCGCCGUCGCAGAUCAGCAUAG